AUGGAUGUCAUCAGACCAAUUGAGCUCGCUGCUUUAAAUGGACACAAGUUCAUUUUGGUGGCUAUAGAUUACUUUACAAAAUGGGUUGAAGCCGCUUCCUACAAAGCUGUGAAUAAGAAGGUCGUAGCAGAUUUCGUUCGGGAUCAUAUUAUUUGUCGAUUUGGAGUACCUGAGUCAAUCAUUACCGGCAAUGGUGCCAAUCUCAACAAUGAUCUGAUGAAAGCCACGUGUGAAACAUUCAAGAUCAAGCACCGAAAUUCUACAGCAUACAGGCCACAGAUGAAUGGAGCCAUGGAGGCCCUACCAUCUGCUUUGCUCGGGUACCGCACCACUGUUCGUAUGCAAACUGGGGCAACCCCCUAUCUACUACUUUACGGUAUUGAAGUUGUUAUACCCGCCAAAGUGGAGAUUUCUUCCCUAAGAAUCAUACAAGAGGCCGAGCUCAGCGAUGUAGAUUGGGCACGGAGCCGGUAUGAGCAACUGGCUCUUAUUGUUGGUAAGAGGAUGAAUGCAGUGUGUCACGGUCAACUAUACAAAAAUAGAAUGGCAAAGGCUUUCAACAAAAAGCCAAUUGAUCCCCAGGGUGACUUGAAAAAGGCAGCAAGCCAAGGAGCAAAGGCGAAAUGA